CAAGCUACAAUUCUGCUGGUACCAAGGCAGGAACCCAAUGGCGACUGCAUCUGAUAUGAGCGCGGGUUUCGAGAGCGAUGAAAGCGAUGGGAACUCCAAAGUUGAAUGCAAACUCCAAGAGUGCAAUGCACGACUCUCUCGUUACGCUGUUAGAAGGGCUAAGAAGGGGUGGCAGACGAGAUAGAUAGCAGUCAGUCAGGGCUCGAACUGAAUCCACAGAUGUACAGCAGAUGGAUCGACCUCCCAAAUCUGAGGCGGAGGAGCAGUUGGUUCCGAACGGAUGCAUGUGCUGUUCUCUCCUGGAGGGCAGAGGGGCGGACCCACGUCAAGAACAGAGAAUCAUAAAACAGUAGAAAUGCCCAGCUUCGUAUUGUACAUCGUCUGGUGGUAUGGGGCGAAGAGCCGCUUACAUACGGAGUGGGACGAUGACUGGUCGAGGACUAGUUCGCGUACAGAGGCACGACUGUCCUGUCCGCCGUCGGCGAGGCGAGACACUAAACUCUGAGGAAUGUGUCAAAAACAUCAUCCAGGCUGGGCAGAUGUCCAGAAGAAACAACAGGCAGCUGUAGGAGAGCAACCUGGCAGCCAGUGAGUGACUGGCUGCGUGCGUCUUACCUCUCGCCUGGACAAGGUCGAAAGUCGAUCUGGAGAAUGUGAUGUUAUCAUUAGCAUUACACACAAGGCAAGGCAAGGCAAGGCAGAGUAGACCUGCAUUCCAAUGAUGCACAAAAUCUAUGACUCUAAUAUUAGAAGGACUCUGCACUGGUUCUACGAAAGGUCGACAUAAGCGGCAGCAGUCGUGGAACCCAAUGGUACAAUCCUUUCCCGUAUACUUUUUUGUGUAGCGUCUGUCCGAGAUAGAUCUCGCUCAGAGCUCGAAGGGUGCUCACCAGAAUACCCAAAUUCGAGUCGCCCGAGCGCGAGGUAAGAAGUUUCCCGAUCUAGACUUCAACCCAGACCGAUACGGAGUCAGGAUAUAACUGCAUACGGAUUCGGAGGUUUAGCAUACUCCAUGACUGACAGGUUUAGCAUACUCUCUCUCUCCCUCCCCGUCUGUACCCUGAAUGGGGUUUGGACCGUGGAGCAGGAGGAGGGUUGUCGAGAUAAGCACUGAAGCUCUAAAUGUUCAGAGGUUCAGGGUGGUCGGUGCUCAGGGUUUGGACGAACUCGCGCACCCUUGGCGUUUUCGGAGCGAGUGCAAAAUCCUCAGAGCUUGCAGACCUCUAAGGCCUAUGUGGUGCUGGGAAAUCGAUACUCAUCUCGAUAGGCAGGGUUGCGUUCAGUAUCUUAUCUGUUACUCAUAACCUCAGUCUCUCAUUGCUUCUGAAGGCAGAGAAACAGAGUGUUGCACGACAUUCAGUCGCACGAGCUGUACAGUUCACCAUCAAAAAGCCUGUGGCUCCUCCCAGUUGCAUCUCUAUUUGGGUAAGACAGCUUGGCGCUUCGAAACGCAUGACUUCAGGGUAGGUGGAUUCACACACUCAGAGACGAUCUAUGCUGCAGAACGCUAGGUCUCUCAGCAAAUUUUCCCUCACUGUGGUCCAACAUUUCGAUUCCACGAGUUCUCUGCCUCCACACCGGAGCCACAUAAACCCGUCGGGACAUUUGAGUCUCGUAUCUUUUCCCAUCGAAGGGCCGAAAUAAAUUCUCAUCAUUAAUCUGACCGGCAGCUAUCCACCUGCAGUCUUUGCAUAUUCGCCCUUCAAAGUGAGCACUACUGUGCCCACGAGCAAAUUUGAUGAGAAAGGAAGGAAUGCAGCACGCAUGCAUGAGCGCACACGGUUCCGAAGGUUUGUUGGAAGAGCCGUCAGAAGAAAGUGUGGAAUCGGUAGGACCUAGAGGGGAGUUAUUGGGAAUAAUGGCUGCCUGUGGUUCAUGACGUGAGUUCAAAUUUCAUGCAUUAAAGGGCCGACGAUGGGAACAGAAGGCAGUCCAAAAGCUUGUCUGUCCAGUUGGCAGGCGGUGCUUGCAGGUGGUGGAGACACUUUGGGCUGCCAACCACAGGAGCAUAAAAGCGCACAUGACACCCAGCCCCAUGAUCUUACUCCAUGUGCCAAACAGUCUCUUAUUAUACAUAUACUCCAAGCACUCUUCCAAGCGAGGAUUUCCCCGCUGCCAUCAGCGUUGGCGAUCAAAAUUUCUGCUGCUUUUCACGUGGGCCACAAGUGAGCGUGAGCUUAUGUCCUCCCUUCACGCUGUGUUGCAAACAUCGAUCUCCCCUUUCCCGAGGAGCCUCACCCAAAGGCUCUACGCUUCGUUCGUUCAUACACCUGUCGUGAACCUCGAUCCCGGAGAGACUUUGUGGCACCUUUCCGCUUGACAGGGAAGGUCGCCUUUCUGUCCCAUUCAGCCCCACUCGGUCCGACCCAAGUUUCUACCACCGUCCCAUAGCCAGCUCUUCAAGUACGGCAGUUCUAGCCUC